GCGGAGGACUCCCUCCGCUCGCCCCUCCCGCCGGGCCGAGCCUGGCCGGGCAGGGCUGGGCCGCAGAGCGCGACGGGCUCCGCCGGGCCGGCCGCUCCGUGGCAUGAGCGCGGGUGGCUGUGCCGCCGCCUCAGCGCGCUAGCGUUGCGUCAUGCGGCUGUGCGGGGUGCUGCUGAAGAGCCCCAUCCCCAAGCAGAUCGAGUACUACUCGCGCUUCUCCCCCUCGCCGCUCUCCAUCAAGCAGUUCCUCGACUUCGGUCGUGACAAUGCAUGUGAGAAAACCUCCUACAUGUUUCUGCGGAAAGAACUUCCUGUGCGGCUAGCUAACACCAUGAGAGAAGUCAAUCUGUUGCCUGAUAACUUACUUAACAGGCCUUCAGUUGGGCUAGUGCAGAGCUGGUACAUGCAGAGUUUCCUUGAGCUUUUAGAAUAUGAAAAUAAAAGUCCUGAGGAUCCUCAUGUUCUGGAUGACUUUUUAGACGUUUUAAUUAAAGUCAGGAACAGACACAAUGAUGUGGUUCCAACCAUGGCGCAAGGGGUGAUUGAAUACAAGGAAAAAUAUGGCUUUGACCCAUUUGUUAGCAGUAACAUCCAGUACUUUCUAGAUAGAUUCUACACCAACCGCAUCUCUUUCCGUAUGCUUAUUAACCAACACACGCUUCUUUUUGGCGGAGACAUUAAUCCUGCUCACCCCAAACAUAUUGGAAGUAUUGACCCUAAUUGUAACGUGGCAGAGGUGGUUAAAGAUGCUUAUGAAACAGCUAAGAUGUUAUGUGAACAAUACUAUCUGGUGGCACCUGAUCUGGAAGUUGAAGAAUUCAAUGCUAAAGCUCCAAACAAGCCAAUUCAAGUAGUCUAUGUACCGUCUCACUUGUUCCAUAUGUUAUUUGAAUUAUUCAAGAAUUCAAUGAGAGCUACAGUGGAGUUGCAUGAAGGUAAGAGAGAAGGGUAUCCAUCCAUCAAAACCUUAGUCACUUUGGGGAAAGAAGAUCUAUCUAUUAAGAUAAGCGAUCAAGGUGGAGGUGUACCUUUAAGAAAAAUAGACAGAUUGUUUAACUACAUGUACUCAACAGCACCCAGGCCUAGUUUGGAGCCCACAAGAGCUGUGCCUUUGGCUGGGUUUGGCUAUGGCUUGCCAAUUUCUCGUCUGUAUGCUAGGUACUUCCAAGGUGACCUAAAACUCUACUCAAUGGAAGGUGUUGGAUCAGAUGCUGUAAUUUAUUUGAAGGCCCUUUCAAGUGAAUCAUUUGAAAGACUUCCUGUUUUUAAUAAGUCAGCGUGGCGACACUACAAGACCACACCUGAAGCAGAUGACUGGAGCAAUCCUAGCAGUGAACCAAGGGAUGCUUCUAAAUACAAAGCUAAUCGAUAAUUUGCCACCUUUUGUCUCUGCUGGAGAUGACCUCUGCAUUCAGUAUAAAGUCUCUGCUUUGUUCCAAAAUCCUCCAAACCACAAUAGCUAAUUAUUUCCAAACAGAGACCUAAUCAGGGCAUUAAAAACAGUAAGAACAAAGUGACGAUCGGGACUUACAGGAGGGCACUAAGCACGUUUGGGAUGCCAAUCCUGCCUAUUUCACCAGAAUAUGCUUGGUUGCUUCAGUCAUGCAUUGACAAAAGGGAUUGCACUUAAGUAUACACUGUUGUAACAAAAGAUACUAUUUUAAGUGCCAAUUUUUAUUCCACUAAGGAUUAGCAAAUUGUGCAGAAUCCCUUUAAAUGGUAAACAGCGUCUUGCACAGCAAUGUGGUGUGAGAGAGAAAUUCUAGUCUAGUUAAGCGUAUGCUUUGAAAAUCCACCUUUUGCUGCAGUUUAUUUUGCGGUGUCACCUCUUACGGAAAAUCCCUUUGAGCUCUCUAGAUCUUACAUCUGAUGAGCUUAUAAAUGUGUAGUUCUAAAAAGGGUUGUACAGCUUUAAACCGAUGCUUUUCCCAAAUUCCCAGAACCAUUUGUCCAGUACAUACAGAAAUUAUGCUGUUGUAAGACAUUGGGAAUUCUGCUUUUUGGUAUGCACCUUUAUAAUUUCCUUGACACGAAACACAAAAGCAUUUUUAAACAUUUUUUUCCCCGUUUUCAUGAAAGAUCAUAAGUAGGUAGAUCAUCUCUCCAUACAAAAAAAAUCCUGUCGGUGUGAGAGCAGGAGGUAAUUAAAUUUUGUGUUUAUUGCCUGUCAUCUCCGGGGGAGCUGGAAGAAGGGGAAGAAACCUGAAAGGCCAGACAGCCAGUCAUACACAUCAAUUUGCCUUAAGAGUGUUGGUUGCUUGGAACCUGAUUAGCUUAAAACCUGUAAAUAGUUUGCAAAGUUAUUUAUAUAUUCAAUGUCUGACAAUAGUCUGGUCAUCUGAAUUUGUAGUGUAUAUAAAGAUGUUGUACACCAGCUUUUGGAAAGCGUCAUUGAUCUAAAUAAAUGAAACUGGAAUUAUCACAGAAAUGGGAAGGGCGAAACAUAGCCGGUACCCGAUUUGAAAGGAAAAAAAAAAUUAAAGAAGAAAAAACCAAGUGUCAUCUCCUUAAAUUUCUCGUAAGGGUUACUACUGGGCGUUAGCAAACUGCUCUUCAACAGGUCUCUGCCAAAUACCAUUUCUGCUACUGUGGCUUUUCAGAAGAAUCUGUGAGGUUCGGAAGUUCUGCUGACAAAAUAGCCACAGGAAUAAAAUAGAUGAGUUGUAAGCAACUCUGCACCCUCCGUUUCUUCUAGAUGCUUUGAUAUUUUUUUGAAAUUCUUAUAUUAUUGCAUUACAGAUUUUAGUAUGGAAAAGUGAAACUUGUUUCCUAAUGUUCUGGGGGAACUGUCCGUGUCCUCCCUGUAUUCCAUUUCCUUUUGUAGAGAACUGGCCUGUUAGGUAAGCAGGGAAAUGCUGAGAGAUUCCUAGAUAUUUUUUUAAAGAAUACCCUUGGUUUAACUUAAUGACAGUACUUUGCACUUGCACAGCACUCUUCAUCAGAGGAUUGUAGAGCGCUUUGAGCAAUAAGUUACGUGUAGACUCGUUUCUGAAAAGUCAGAGCCCCUGCCUUACAAACUCACGCUCCCAGCUGUCGCAAUCAGUUCACGAAUUUGUCUAGGAAUGGUCAUGAAUUUGCAAGGUUUGGGGUAAGCAUCUCUGCACUGUAUGGUUAAGUCAUGCUGGAUUGCCAGGUUGCUGUAGCACAAUCUUGAACGUGUCUGCUGAGCGCUGCAACCCGCUUCGGAGGCCCAAACAGCAGAGUGGCUGCUGGAGCUGCCUGCUGCUGGCUGUGAGCGGAGCCCUUCUGAGCCGCUCUGCUGGUGGGUGUGGAGAUGAGAGCGCUCCGGUGGGGCUCUCUGUCCCCAGCCAGACUUAUUCAGCUCUUCCUGGGAAACCUUCACAGGCACAGUGAAGGUGCAGCUCGUGUGAUCCCCAGAGCAAUAACCUCCUCUGACUGUAGGCACGGCUGCAGAGAAGGCAGGCUGCUAUCAGAGUGAUACAGCCGUGCUGCUGUAGCAAAGUCAGUGUAGUAGUCCGACUGAGAUUUCAGGUGGAAGCUGUACCAACCGAAAUGUAGCCAGUUAACUUCGCCCCUCGCUCAUAACUUCUUACCGUCUUUUGAAUUUGUUUCAAGUCGUGUGUGUUUUUCCACUAAUCGCAGAAGAGGGCUUAGUUAAAAAUAGACAUUUGUGGAAAAAAAAUAGUGUUUUUCCAGUUGCGUGUGGUCAGUUUUUCCUAGAACGUGACCGAAAACAUCCCAAGGAAUAGGAAGCUGAAACUGAGCUUUUGUUAGAAAUCAAAUCUUGUAGUAUCAUAAAUGAAGAGGAGAGGGAACAGAAAGAAGAGAAAGGAUGCAAACACUGAACUUUGAUUUCAUGAAGUGACUCUAAAUGGAAGUGAAAACGCUGUGGAGGAUUAUAUUUUGCUAGUCCCUUCUCUUUCUUCUCAAAAACCACUAGCUGACUUUCAGGACUGAAGUGCCCUAGUACUCAAAAGCUAAAGUCCCCUUGACAUGGUAAUUACUUCCAAGAACCCUGAGCAUGUACAGACUGCUCAGAGCAGGGAAAUAGAAAAUGCAUUCCUUGUGCUCUUUCCCUUUUCCAAAGUUUGCCCUCAGGCAUCAUGCUGAAUAUACGAGAGAAACAGCUUUACUCCUCUCCGACCUUGACUCAGCAGCUUGUGCGUUCCACAGUUCUGCAGCUCUCAGGUAUGCCAUAAAUUGGUCUUCACUUGUCCUCUUGCCACUCUGCUGCGCAGGAGUAUUGGUCAGAAUUGGUCUUAGGAAACAGCAGCAGUGAGCCUUGGGGAGCUUUUCAGUGGAUAUGCCUGAAAAAUGAGGCUGGGUAGGCUUUCAUUAUGCCUAGCUUAACUGCACAUACUGUUCUUUUUUUCACUUACUGCUACCUUUAAUUAGUAUCUGUUACAACUAUGUAUUUUAAUAUUUUGGGGCAACUUAACUUUCUGAUGAUAUCAAAGUAUGUCUUUUUUAAUGGAUUUCAGAUGUGAGCUAAUGCUGUUGCAACCUGUUUGUCUUGCGUUAUGGGACACAGUAAACAGGAAGACAUGUUUUCAGUGAAAAUACCGUGUAUCUCUUGUGUUUAGUGCUUAACAGAAACAAACUGAGCAAGGGAUGUGUCCUGCUUGAUUCUCCCUGAGAAUUUACAAACAACUUCUGUAUACCAUACUCUGAUGGAAUAGUUGAGCUUUUUCUUCCACUGCCUAAUUUUCUGGUGUAUCUGUCUUGAACAUACAGUAAUAAUGCCCUGUCUAGUUUAAUGUUACUAGAUACUGAAGCCUCUCCAAAUUACGUAUGUUUCUCUGCUCCCUGUUUUUCUAGGCUUUGUUUUGAGGCUAACAAGGUGUUGGCAUUUGACAAGAAAGAUCCUGGAAUGCUUCUUACAACAUUGAGGUGCAGUCUGUGUCUUUGAACUUAGCUGUGAUGGCAAAAGUCUUUGUCCUGCUGCAGUUUGUGCCACCUCUUGGGCAGCAUUUAGGGCACAUCCCUUGGGAUGUGCAUGAUGCCUAUGGUGUUAAUCCUGGUGUUCUUGGAAAACUCAAGCCACUUCUUGGCUAUGUAAACUACAUUCAAUGCUGCAACUGGGUAAUGUAAUUUCCUUUCUCCUCAGUGGCAUGUGGAAUGUUUGCUUUGCUUAAACAGCUGUUCACUUAGUCCACAAAGUAAACAGGUUGACCAUCUUGGAGUGUAGUGCAAUCCUCUAUUCGCCUCCAGCCAGAGUGUUUUGUGUGAAACCUUGACCUCAUUCAUAUGGAAAACACUUCUCCCUCACCUUUAAGCUUCUAGAUUGUACACGUUUGAUGCUGCAAAGUGCUAAGUGAUCUUCAGUGAUAUGAGCCAUUCUGUAGAAAACAAACUAAAUGUUCGUCGUUAGUAUUUAUCUCCUUGUGAUAUCCACGUCUGACUGCGAGGUGUCCAAUCAGUUUGCAUGUUCCCUUGGUUGCCGUACAGGUGCUGUGGUUCCUGGCUCUUCACCUUCUUGCCGUACUCGCUCAUCACGAAUCAAUAUAUCUAAAUGUGUCUUUGCAGAACUUAAGAGAAUGUGACGGCACAUGACAGAAUGGUGUGUUAUUGAGCUCAGAGGUGAGGAGCACGGGCAUAAAUCGCGUGGUGACUUCACAGCUGAAUCUUGCAGAUACUUGCACAUGUAGCAGCUUAUCAGAGUAAUCCCAUUUUGGUGAAUCUGUUCUCAGGAUCAGCUGUUGGCAUUAAUUUGAAGCAAUGAAGAUUGGUGUAACUAAAGUACCUUUCUAAUUGAGAACAAAUGAGAAAAUCUAGAGUUCACGUACUCUAACUGUAUUAUUAAGUUGCCUUAAAAGAUCUCAGAAGUUGACAGAGAACUCGUUUCUUAAAUGUAGAGACUUGUUUUUGUAGGAUUGGCGUGUUUGUGAUCAUUCUAACAUCGUCGAACUCUGACUAAAUUCAUUAUUGAAAUUAUUCCUUUGAACUGAAUACAUCUGAGAGGUGCCAGACUGAGAAUCCUUUGAAGUUCACGCUCUGUGUCUGCAGACCGUGCUGACAGGCAGCAGCAGGGUGGGUUUCCUGGCACUGCUGCCAGAACCAGGCUGUUCAGCAGGAGCUGUCCCUACCCAAAACCUGCUGGCGACGUCACGCUUGCAUUCUCUGCUGAGCUGUUAUCAAUGUGCUGAACUUGUGCCACUGGUACUGGGGUUUGAUGUGGGCUUCUGACAGUGGGAAUCAAUUGAAUUAAUUCUCAGCGUCUGUUACGGGCAGCAUUCCUGCGGUGCCAGCUCAUGUACCAUGCCCAGCACCCGCACAGUUACGUGUCGCUGUUCCUCUGAGGUAGCAGCCUUGGUAUCAACCGAACUUCCAGUGGUGGAGCAGGAAGCUCUUUCUUCACGAGAUUACUUGGUGAUAUUUUCAAUCUGAUUUUGAGUCUUCUGUAAUUUGUGUUGGAAUCAUUUCUGGUCUGAUACCCAUGUAUAUAAUUUGUGUAUACUCUGAUUUUCCUUUUGUUUUCCAUUGCUGACAAAUAAAAAUAUGUAAAAACACCA